CGCCGGAGCGCUUGGCGGGUUGUGUGUUUUUGUGUUAGUCUACACAGGCCUUUGUGUUUUUAUCGCAGAUCCUGCGAGGUCCCUACCCUGCCCGCCACGUUGGAGAGAACCGACACGGGAGUGCGUUCCCACAGCUUGCUAAACCCAGUGCGAGUGUGUGGCUAAAUAACCAUAAUUCUGGGAAGUUGUGGGCUUCUGAAGAAAUGGAAUUCCCAGACCUGGGACAACACUGCUGCGAGAAGACCUGCAGACGGCUGGAUUUUCUUCCUCUGAAAUGUGACGCCUGCAAGGAGCUUUUCUGCAAAGACCACAUUGUCUACAGGCGACACAAGUGUUCUUCAGCGUAUAAGAAGGAUGUACAGGUUCCAGUCUGCCCUCUUUGCAACACCCCGGUCCCUGUCAGAAAGGGAGAGAUGCCCGACGUAGCUAUGGGGGCCCAUAUGGAUCGGGACUGUCAACAGGAUUCAGCCCAGCAGAAGCAGAAAAUCUUCACCAACGAAUGCUUCAAAGGAGGCUGCAGAAAGAAAGAGAUGAUGAGGCUGGUUUGUGACCAGUGUCACCAGAACUUUUGUCUUCGUCAUCGGCAUCCUUCAGAUCACAACUGCCCGGGACGGAUUUCACCUGUCUCCAAAGCUGGGUGUGCAGCUAUAAUGAGAUCCCUGCAAUCCAGGAAUAAUUCUCCCAACUGUCCUUUUCUACAAAAUGGAUGCAAAGCAAAAGGUUGAUGUCUACAGCUGGGAACUAAACCUACGGAAGCCUGUCAUAUUGCUGUCCCUCUUUAGCUUUUAAAAAUCUAUUGUACCCUUUUGCACAUUUUCUGAUUAAAUGGACUCCUUACGUUG